AUGGCCGCCAGCACGAUCGCUACCACCACGACGCUCGCGGGCGAGCAGUCAGCCACCCUCCGAGCCAACAUGAAGAGCUCCAGCGACCCGGCGCCGCUAAAGCAUGAGGCCCAGGAUGACCAGUUCUUCUGGUCUUACACAGAAGAACCCCACCGUUCCCGUCGCAUGGCCAUCAUCAAGGCACACCCCGAGUUGUGCGGACCCGAGCCCUUGACGAUUCCUCUUGUCCUCGCAGUCGUAGGCCUUCAGUGCACAUGUGCCUACCUCCUCAGCAACACUCCUUUCUGGUCCUGGCGCUUCUGGCUCACGGCCUACAUCAUUGGUGCCACCGCCAACCAGAACCUCUUUCUGGCCAUCCACGAAAUCUCGCACAACCUUGCAUUCAAAUCUGGUCUCGCGAACCGCCUUCUCGCUAUCGUCGCCAACUUGCCCAUUGGCAUCCCAUACUCGGCCUCUUUCAGACCCUACCAUUUGACCCACCACAAAUCGCUUGGUGUCGAUGGCCUUGAUACAGACUUGCCUACCGCUCUCGAGGCCUUUUUCCUCGACUCUAUCGCCGGCAAGGCCUUCUUCUGCACCUUCCAGAUUCUGUUCUACGCUUUGAGACCUAUGAUGGUUUAUCAGAUCCCUCUGACCAAGAUCCACGCCCUUAACAUUGCUGUUCAGCUUCUGUUUGAUUACGUCCUUAUCCAGUCGUGGGGAGGCAAAGCAGUCGGAUACUUCAUCUUGAGCAGUUUCCUGGCCGGAUCUUUGCACCCUGUGGCCGGCCACUUUAUCGCCGAGCACUACGUUUUUGACCGUGCUUCUCUCGAGAACAAGCAGGCGCGCGAUCCUAAACAACGUAUUCCGGUUCCCGAGACCUUCUCCUACUAUGGACCUCUCAAUCUUUUGACCUACAACGUCGGCCUGCACAACGAGCAUCACGACUUCCCAGCCAUUCCUUGGACCAGACUUUGGAAGGUCAACGAGAUCGCCAAGGAGUUUUAUCAAGAUCUGCCUUACCAUCGUAGCUGGGUUGGUGUUAUAUGGCAAUUUAUCAUGGACAAGGAAGUCGGCAUGUGGUGUAGAGUCAAGCGCAAGGAAGGUGGAAGAAAAGUUGGUGGUUGGAAGGAGGAGGAGAUCCAAAACUGA